AUGGGGUGCUCAGAGUGCGGCGGGGAGACAGUCUGGGACGACGCUGCCGCCUCAGAAAUCUGUACAGAAUGCGGGACCCUGACAGACCCAGGCCAGGUGGUUCUGACAAACCAGACUUGGGCCAAUGACGCAGGCCAAUACCCCGAACGUUGGGGUCCGCCGCCUCCCAACACCCUCAAGAAUCCGCGCACCAACUGGGCUCUUGCUGGCCAGGGACAAGAAUCCAGAGACCGAAAGAAUGCGUACACGAUGGCAAAUUUCAUCAAAUCUCUAGCGGUGUCAAUGAACGCCUCCGGACUCGCACCCCGCGCCACUACCUUGUUCAAUCAGGCAAAAUCCAUUGGUUAUUUUCGUUGGGGAAGGAAGUCCAAACUCGUGGCUGGUGCAUGUCUUAUCAUCGCUCUUCGGGAAUCGAGUCGCCCUGAUUCCAUUCACGACAUUGCCGUCCUCUUGAAAUGUUCGCCGCAGCUGCUCUCGCGAACCUUUAUCUCUGUAACAUCCGCCUUGCAGAUAACCACGAAUCCAGUGGAUCCUUCCGUCUUCAUGACAACCUUGCAAACUCAUCUUGCAUCCAUCCUGCAAGAAAGCCAGGCUGAUAGCGGUCUACCUUCGGCUUUACUAAAGACGUUGCGAACCCUGUCAUUGCAUGCAGUCACACAUACGGCCACCUCUCUUUGUCACGUCCUUGCGCGCCUGUGUCCGUUUGACGGCAUGAGCAAGCCUUCGGCGGCUUCAACAGCAUGUGCUAUCUUUAUGCUCUCACUCGAGGCCGAAGCGAGAUCAACUCUAUCAGCACUUGGUGACUUGGGGAAAGCGCUCGGAGCCAGGCUUGGCAUAGGGAAGACUGUCGUGAUGACUCAAUACAAGGCAAUCCAGGACCAAGUCGCUACUCUUAUCGAGAAGGUACCGUGGCUUAGCAAGUACGAAUCUGUCAAGGGACGCGCCAAGGUAGCAAAACGUACUAUCGUUGCGCGAGGUCUCAAGGAUGUCAUUAAAUUCAAUGAAGAAAUCUUCCACAAAGUCCUUCUCCCUGAUGUCCGAUUGGAGCUCUCUUCAGACGAGCUUGCAGAGGAUCAGGAUGACGCGAGCGAAAAGUCGACAACGGGUAGCGAAGCCGAACCAACCAGCGACGCUCGCCCUCCUAAACGUCGUAAGAUUCACCAUACGCUCGAUGAAGCUACGAGGUUCUUGUUGAACCCACUCGCCAUCGCGGGUCCAUCCCAAUCACGCCCAAAAUCGAAGCCUUCCAAGCCUUACACCUUCCCGUUCCCUCUAACCUCUUACGUCUUAUCCACAUCUUCCCUCUCCACAUUCAGCCACGUCCGACCAACCCGACUUCAACUCCUCGUAGCAGAGCGUGGCGGGUCCGACGAAGUUGCCAUUCCGGACGACGAACUUUUCGUAGAAGGCGAGCUGGAAAGCUUCCUUCGUGAUGAAAAGGAAGCCGCGAUCUUACAACGGGUUUUGGGUUGGGAUCAAGACGAUGAAGACAAUGAGGAAGACGGGGGAUCGGCGACUGAAGCCACCAAGACCAGGCGUAAAUCCAAGAACAAAGAAACUGAACCUCGACCGAAGAAGAGUCGGUUGAACCUGGAAGCUCUUGCUCAGUUCAUGAAAGGUUCAAGCUCAGCAGAUGAAGACGACAAAGAGGAAGGCGACGACGGCAGUGGCUUCGAAGAAGACCAAUCACUCGGGUUACUUGGUCUCGAUGCGGCAUUGCAUUUCGGCGACGGGGAGAAAGACGACGAAGACCAUGAGAGUGUUUACAGUGACGAAGACGACGGAUUUUCCUUCCUGGGUGGCGACAGCGGCACGACCUCGAGGGCAACUCCGUACUCUUCAGCUUUGAGUCACACCGGAGAAGAGGAGCUCGUCAUUGAUGGCUGGCGCCCUGCAAGUCCGACUGGAGGCGCAGGAGGAUACGACAACCAAUACGAAGAGGAGUAUGAUUGA